UACGGUCUUCUGCGUUUUUAUGCCUAAAUUAAAAAUCCUCAGUUACCAGAUAAAAAGAAUGGAUCACCACCGGCACGUCAACACAAACGACUCUAUUGACCUGUCCAAGUUGUCAGAGAAGGAAAGAUGGAGGAUAGAACAUCAGCGGUUACAUGAGAAACACAGGGGCCAUGAGGCCAUGCAUGCUGAAAUGGUCCUCAUUUUAAUUGUAACAUUAGUAGUAGCACAGAUAUUAUUAGUACAAUGGAGGCAGAGAUAUUUCAAAUCAUACCAAAAAGCCACACUUGUUGGUAUGUGGGUGAUUCCUAUAGGAAUCUGUAUGAAGUAUGGCUGGACUAGAUUUAUUAUCAUCUGGUCUAUAUUUUCUGUAAUAACAGGAUACAUAACAUUUAGAUCUACAAGGAAACCACUUCCAGGGAAUACACCAAGAUUGGUGUACAAAUGGUUUCUUCUAAUCUAUAAAGUCAGUUACUUUAUUGGAAUAUUAGGAUACAUGGUAGUUAUGUUGACAUUGUUGGGUUUAAAUUUAUUAUUUUUAAUCAAACCUCAAAUAGCUAUGGACUUUGGACUGCUAUGUUUAUUCUAUGGACUUUAUUUUGGAGUUGUAAGUAGAGAUUUUGCAGAAGUUUGUACAGAUUCAAUGGCAGCUCAUAUAGGGUACUUUACAGAAUCUGGUUUACCAGGAAAGAGAUUAGAUCCCAAUGUGUGCGGUGUAUGUGGGAACCAGAUUCUAGUCAUGAACAAUGAAGAUGCCAUAAUUGAAGAGACGUUUAAAUUAGAUUGUAAUCAUGUAUUUCAUGAGUUUUGUAUCAGAGGAUGGUGUAUUGUAGGAAAGAGACAGACCUGUCCAUACUGUAAAGAGAAAGUGGAUCUCAAAAGAAUGUUUCCUAGUCCAUGGGAGAGACCACAUGUUUUAUAUGGAAAUCUUUUAGAUUGGAUUAGAUUUUUAGUAGCCUGGCAGCCAUUAAUAAUUAUGCUUGUACAGGGAAUUAAUUGGUCGUUAGGUUUAGAAUAAUUUUCAUUUCAUGAGUUGUUCAGUGUGUGAUGAGGAUUGGAUGUUGUGAUGUUUGUAUGAGAGAUAAUUAAUUAUAUCGGUGAAAGUCCCAGUUUUUCAUUUUCAUUUUUUUGGUUAAAAAGCCAAAAUUGUUAAUUUAUAAUGUUACAGUAUUGCUUUAUUUUUAAGUUGAUGUAUUUUUUCUUGCAGUAGAGUUUUUGUUUUGUCUGGCUGUAAUGUUUGUACAUAAGUUUUGUAAGUGUAUAAAUUAUAAGUACCAUAUGCAUUUUUAAAAGAUCUAAAUCAAACCUGCAUUGUAUUAUACUUAUAUUAAAUGGGGAAAAAAUAUGUCUUUUAAGUAUUUCACUUGGAACUUACUUUCCUUCUACAAAUUAUCUUUUCUUGGAGAGCAUAUAUUUAUAUAGGUUCCAUAGAUUAAAUAUAUAAAAGAGUUACAAAAAAAUGCAUGUUGUAAUGUCAUAUACCUAUAGAAUUGUAAAAUUUGGAUCAAAAAGGGUAAUUUUUGUUCAUUAAAACGAAUAAAUCAUUAAUAUUAAAAUAUUUUAAAUAAACCUUUAUUUUUCUCUUUAGCUAUGUACUAGUUAAUGAGAAUAAAAUCAUUAAUUCAUUCAUUAAUUAUAAAUAGGCUAUUUUGCAUCCUUGUGUUAAAAACCCUUUUUUUUGUACAUACUUAUUUUUUUGUCUGAAACUUCAGCACAUAUUUAGCUUAAGAUAACAAUACUUUGGUCCAACCAUUACUACUAUUGAUGAAAAUAAAACAUACACAAAAUUAUGUGCCUAAUGUCUUGAAAAACCAUAAUAGAUAUGAAAUUUUUUAGAAUGCUUAGAAUGGCAAGGUUUUCUAUGCAGUAAAUCAACAAGAACUAUUAGACAACUCCUGAUAGAAGAAUCAUGACAAUGAUGACAUUUUUAACAAUUUUAAGGUUUUUGCUCAAAUUCUUUGAAAUGUAAUCUUUCAUUCAUCAUUUCUACAGUAAGAAGAGUUCAUAAUUGUUACAUUCAUUAAUACAUAACACAAUAUUUAUUGAUCUUCCAUACAGAACCAGUUUAAACUUUUCUUUGUACAUCAAAACAAUGUUAUUUACAAAGAAGAAAGAAUUUGAUGUCUCAUAUUUUUAUCAAGUACUUAAUAAUUUGUUUGUUACCUUUUUAAAUAUAUUUAAGUUAUCAUAUGUCAAGAACAAAAUAUAAUAAAUCCUGAACAAUUUCCA